AUGCCGGUCUGUAUAAAAUGUCAAGUUUUGACAAGUACAAGUAAACGUUGUCCAUAUUGUCGGAUUUGUUAUUGUUCCAAAGCAUGUCGAUCAACUGAUUGGUCUCGUCAUAAAUCAGAAUGUAGAAGUGGAGAAGGUGUUACUUCGAGCUCUAAUUCAUCAAAUGAAAUACAAACCGAAGGAUUCGCUAAACCUGGUACUUACAGAGAGAUUCAUUGUAAAGGUCGUCCUUGUGUUAAUUGUGGCAGAUGCUGUGACUGGCAAUUCAAGGGCGAUCUUGAAACCUGGCGCUGGAUACAGAAUUACAAGAAUUGGAAUCUAGAUGAUAACAAACGUUGGAUCAGCUUAUAUCCUCCAGAUUUCGAAAGACGUAGUGACGCAACAUGUUCUUAUGAAUAUUCUUCUCCUCAUUAUUUUCAUUAUCUUAAUUUUUAUAGUCGCGGUGAACUUGGUGGUCCUCUUUCGAAUACUCCUGGUCCUUUUUUUUGA